CUGCCUUCCACUUGUCUGUGCGCGUCCCCGAGCUGGGAGACACACAGGGACGCACAGUAACAGUGGGCAGUGAACCGGGUACUACAGCCACCGUCUGCUGAGCCCGCACAUUCACGUCAUAUACACAGGUUUGUGGCAUCAAGGAAGUCUAUCCGCACACACAUCCUCACUACUAGCAAAAAAGAUUACUACUCGCUGAAGGCUCGGAUGAUGGGAUAGCAUUUUAUCAUUUUAAUUACGUUUGGAGAACGAUGAAGUAAGCAUGACCGCCUACGUCCUGGGCACCUUGGCCUCUCUAGGCACAACCACCGCUGCCUCUUGUACGGGCUCCUCGUGCAGCAAUGCCACUAAGGAAUACUGCUACAGCGCACGGAUCCGCAGCACUGUGCUGCAGGGGCUGCCCUUCGGAGGAGUGCCGACUGUCCUGGCGCUUGACUUUAUGUGCUUCCUGGGUUUCUGCUCCUGGCUCACGGCGAUCUUCAGGAUAAAAGAUGAUGAGAUCCGUGAGAAGUGUGGUGCAGAUGCUGUGCAUUACUUGUCUUUCCAACGGCACAUCAUUGGGCUCCUCGUGGCAGUUGGAGUACUCUCUGUGGGGAUCGUGCUGCCUGUCAACUUCUCUGGGGACUUGCUUGAAAACAACGCGUACAGCUUUGGAAGGACAACCAUAGCAAACUUAAAUUCAGGGAACAACCUGCUCUGGUUACACACCACCUUUGCGUUCCUGUAUCUUCUCCUCACUGUGUACAGUAUGAGACGUCACACAUCUAGGAUGAGAUACAAAGAGGAUGAACUGGUAAAACGAACCCUGUUUAUUAAUGGAAUCUCAAAGUAUGCAGAGCCUGAGAAAAUCAAGAAACAUUUUGAGGAGGCAUAUGCCAACUGUACUGUACUGGAAGCCCGGCCAUGCUAUAAUGUAGCCAGACUCAUGUUCCUGGACACAGAGAGGAAGAAGGCAGAGCGCGGCCGGUUAUACUUCACUCACCUGAAGAACAAAGAUAAUCUGACCUCUAUGAUCAACCCUAAGCCAUGUGGCCAUUUGUGCUGUUGUGUGAUUAAGGGCUGUGAGCAGGUGGAAGCUAUAGAGUAUUAUACAGGUUUGGAACAACGUCUGAAGGAAGAGUAUAGAAAGGAAAAGGAGAAAGUGUAUGAAAAGCCUCUCGGGAUGGCAUUUGUCACAUUUCACAAUGAGGCCAUCACAGCAAGGAUUCUAAAGGAUUUCAAUGCAUGUAAGUGCCGUGGCUGCACUUGCCGUGGGGAACCUAAGGUCUCUUCCUGUAGUGAGUGUUUGCAUGUGCGAAACUGGACUGUGAGCUACGCCCCCGACCCACAGAAUAUCUACUGGGAGCAUCUCUCGACUCGUGGCUUUGUCUGGUGGAUCCGCUGCAUGGUCAUCAAUGUGAUACUCUUCCUUCUCCUUUUCUUCCUCACUACUCCGGCCAUAAUCAUCACCACUAUGGACAAGUUUAACGUAACCAAGCCGGUGGAGUACCUGAACAAUCCUAUUAUUACCCAGUUCUUUCCCACUCUGCUGCUCUGGGCGUUUUCUUCUCUGCUGCCUACAAUAGUUUACUACUCUGCGUUCUUUGAAGCCCAUUGGACCAGGUCUGGAGAGAACAGGACCACAAUGCACAAGUGCUACACAUUCCUCAUCUUCAUGGUGUUGCUGUUGCCUUCACUGGGACUAACCAGCUUGGACCUUUUUUUCCGCUGGCUUUUUGACAAGAAGUUUCUGGAACAGGCAAAGAUCCGGUUUGAGUGUGUGUUUCUCCCAGAUAAUGGCGCUUUCUUUGUUAAUUACGUCAUUGCCUCUGCUUUUAUUGGAAACGCCAUGGACCUGCUGCGGAUUCCAGGUCUGCUCAUGUAUAUGAUUCGUCUGUGUCUGGCACGAUCCGCCGCUGAACGCAAGAAUGUUAAACGGCACCAGGCGUACGAGUUCCAGUUUGGCGCAGCCUAUGCGUGGAUGAUGUGCAUCUUCACUGUAGUGAUGACCUACAGUAUCACUUGCCCAAUUAUUGUGCCAUUUGGACUGAUGUACAUGCUGCUGAAGCACCUGGCAGAUCGGUACAACCUGUAUUACGCCUACCUGCCCGCCAAACUGGACAAGAAGAUCCACUCUGCAGCGGUUAGCCAGGUGGUAGCAGCUCCCAUCCUGUGCUUGUUCUGGUUGCUGUUCUUCUCCACCAUGAGGACGGGUGAGAUUCUGGCUCCCACAUCCAUGUUCACAUUUGUGGUUCUGAUAAUCACAAUCGUGAUCUGUCUAUUGAUCACACAGAGGUGAUUGCUGUAGACGGGACACAGAAUGGAAGACCUGCAUCCAACGCCCCAUCUCAGAAGUCUGCGAAAUACAUUGCGCAAGUGCUGCAGGACUCUUCUGCAGACAGUGAUCCAGCAGCUGACAGUGAGAGUACUGAGGAGCCCGCCUCUCAGGAUGAGGAUAUGAUUAUCGCUGAUAGCACUCAGGAUGCAGACUUCCAGUCCUGCGAGGACAGUCUAAUUGAGAAUGAGAUCCACCAGUGAGCCUAUCAUGAUUGGGGCUAUGACAGGACAUCUCUGUGCCCCCUCACUAUGCACAGGGGCGUAACUGCUGGACUCGCCUGAUCUUGCUGGGCACUAUGGCACCUUCUCCCUCUACCCCCAACAGACUAUUAAUUGGGAGCAGAGUCUAGCAGAAGCAGUUAAUAUAGCGUCCAGCCGUGACUUCAGGGGCAGAGGGGAGCUAGCACACAACUGCCCAUGUACAGUAUACAGACUUUGUAUGUGUGUGUUUGGUCAGAAGCUGCCUGCAAUUUGUGUUGUGUUAGGGAAUCUUUGCACUCCUGCUACCUGUGCUAUAAAUGUUCUGUGGUUACGCUGAUAGCCUGGCAUUGCACGUGGGAAGCUGAUACUGCUCCUUGUUUGUGUAUUCUUUUUAGAAGGGUUUACAUUGCGCAAGUGGGAGACUGGCACUGUGUGGUUGCGCGAGUGGGAGACUGGCACUGUGUGGUUGCGCGAGUGGGAGACUGGCACUGUGUGGUUGCGCGAGUGGGAGACUGGCACUGUGUGGUUGCGCGAGUGGGAGACUGGCACUGUGUGGUUGCGCGAGUGGGAGACUGGCACUGUGUGGUUGCGCGAGUGGGAGACUGGCACUGUGCUCCUUGUGAGUGAAAGAUUUGUAUUAAGUGCAUUUGUGUGAGAGAUUGGCACUUUGUGCUUGCACGAAAGGAAACAUUCCAUUGUGCUUAUUUUAGUUUGACAGGCUGACAUUGUGCGGGCGCGUGACAGUGGAAGAUUUUUUUAGCAUGGCUUGGAGAUUGGAGUCUGGCACUGUAUGAUUACCUUAUUGAAAGUCAGGCACCGUACAUGCAUUUUAGCGUAAGGACUAGUUUGUAUGCUUUUUGCUUCUGUGAUUUCAGCAUUGUUUGUGUGCAGCAGUAGGAUAACUGCAUAGCGUGCGCAAUCACACUAGCUGGAAGCCAGCAAGUUAUGGAUGUAGAUUUGAGGCCGACACUGUGGAAGUAAUACGGGAUUAUAGCUAGGACUGAUGAUGUGCCAGGUUUUGCUGUCUGGCUAUGGGAGGCUGGCACUGCUGCAGUUUGUAUAUAACUUCAGUGUAAUAUAUUGUGUGUGUGAGAGGCUGUACAUACUGUGGCAUGUGAGAGAGGCUGUACAUACUGUGGCAUGUGAGAGAGGCUGUACGUACUGUGGCAUGUGAGAGAGGCUGUACAUACUGUGGCAUGUGAGAGAGGCUGUACGUACUGUGGCAUGUGAGAGAGGCUGUACGUACUGUGGCAUGUGAGAGAGGCUGUACGUACUGUGGCAUGUGAGAGAGGCUGUACGUACUGUGGCAUGUGAGAGAGGCUGUACGUACUGUGGCAUGUGAGAGAGGCUGUACGUACUGUGGCAUGUGAGAGAGGCUGUACGUACUGUGGCAUGUGAGAGAGGCUGUACGUACUGUGGCAUGUGAGAGAGGCUGUACGUACUGUGGCAUGUGAGAGAGGCUGUACGUACUGUGGCAUGUGAGAGAGGCUGUACGUACUGUGGCAUGUGAGAGAGGCUGUACGUACUGUGGCAUGUGAGAGAGGCUGUACGUACUGUGGCAUGUGAGAGAGGCUGUACGUACUGUGGCAUGUGAGAGAGGCUGUACGUACUGUGGCAUGUGAGAGAGAGGCUGUACGUACUGUGGCAUGUGAGAGAGAGGCUGUACGUACUGUGGCAUGUGAGAGAGAGGCUGUACGUACUGUGGCAUGUGAGAGAGAGAGGCUGUACAUACUGUGGCAUGUGUGAGAGAGAGAGGCUGUACAUACUGUGGCAUGUGAGGGAGAGAGGCGCUGUACAUACUGUGGCAUGUGAGAGAGAGAGGCGCUGUACAUACUGUGACACGUGAGGGAGAGGCUGUACAUGCUGUGGCAUGUGAGGGAGAGGCUGUACAUGCUGUGGCAUGUGAGAGAGAGAAGCUGUACAUACUGUGGCAUGUGAGAGAGAGAGGCGCUGUACAUACUGUGCCAUGUGAGGGAGAGGCUGUACAUACUGUGCCAUGUGAGGGAGAGGCUGUACAUAUUGUGGCAUGUGAGGGAGAGAGAGGCGCUGUACAUACUGUGGCAUGUGAGAGAGAGAAGCUGUACAUACUGUGGCAUGUGAGAGAGAGAAGCUGUACAUACUGUGGCAUGUGAGAGAGAGAGGCGCUGUACAUACUGUGCCAUGUGAGGGAGAGGCUGUACAUACUGUGCCAUGUGAGGGAGAGGCUGUACAUACUGUGGCAUGUGAGAGAGGCACUUUACAUACUGUGCCAUGUGAGGGAGAGGCUGUACUUACUGUGGCAUGUGUGAGA